UUUUGAAAUUUCGUUCUCUGUUUUAAAUAUUUUAAAUUCAGAAUUUUUGUAUUUUAGUAUUACUCAUUUUUGAAAUUUAAAUAAGCUUCAAUCUAUCAAUCUUAUUCUGACAAUUAUCUUACACACAUUUUUCUGUGUUCUUUAAAUUUUAAUAUAACCUCCACAAUGGUCCUUCUUGGAGAUGUUUUUCCCAAUUUUACUGCCAAUACUACAGAAGGCGAAAUAGAUUUUCACGAUUGGCUUGGUGAAUCAUGGGGUAUUUUGUUUUCACAUCCAUCGGACUUCACACCUGUGUGUACAACGGAGCUCUCAAAAGUUAUAACAUUGCUGCCUGAAUUUAAAAAACGCAAUGUCAAAACAAUAGGUUUGUCCUGUGAUUCGGUGUCUUCCCACAUGGCCUGGUGCAAAGACAUAAAAAGUUAUGCUGGAUGCCUUGAAGAUGAGAAAUUCCCUUACCCUAUAAUUGAAGACAAAGACAGGAAUAUUGCUAUGAAACUAGGCAUGCUAGACAAAGAUGAACUGGAUACAGCUGGCAUGCCUCUAACUGCAAGGGCUGUAUUUAUUGUAGACUCGAACAAGAAAUUUCGACUGUCUCUGUUAUAUCCUGCUACAACUGGCAGAAAUUUUGAUGAGAUCCUGAGAGUGAUAGAUUCCUUGCAGCUAACCGAUAAAGCAAAAGUAGCAACUCCUGCGAAUUGGAAGAUGGGUGAUGAUUGCAUGGUUCUACCUACUGUUCCUGAAGACCAAAUAGGCAAGAUGUUCCCGCAGGGUAUCACAGUGGUUCCUUUACCUUCCGGCAAGAAUUAUCUUAGGAAGACUCCGUGCCCAAAAAUUUAAUAAUGAAAUGUAAUCGUUUAAUAAUUUAUAUAUUAAAAUACAGUGUUAAACUGUUUAUGUGAUAAAUUGCACGUAUUAUAUAUAUAUGGCCGAAUGUGUGCUCCUGUUAUUUUUGAUAAUAAACGAAUAAAUAAAACUUAAA